UGCUGUGCUAGGUGCUCCUUUCAGAAGCUGGAGACUGGAGUGUCCCUGGCGGCGGUUGCGGCUGGACCUGGUUACCUGCGGGUGCUUUGCUCCAGAGCAGCAGAAAGCGAGUGGGAACUGAGUUGUCUUGAAGCCAGUCCCUCAGCCUGGGAGAUCUUUGGCUUCAGGAUGGGGAUCGGGGGGUGGUUCCUGGGGGCCUGCAGGAGACGCAUGGCUAGCUGGAGGGAGAAUCAUCGCAAGGGUGGCGAUGGCUUUUCAAACACGCGGUACCGAAUCCGGCAGAAACAUCUGGGCAUGAUCCACAAAGCUGCCAUCGCUGGUGAUGUGAAUAAGGUGGACGAGAUCCUCAUACUGAGGUUGAAUGAGAUAAACGACAGAGACAAGAAGAAGAGGACUGCUCUACAUUGGGCGUGUGCCCAUGGCCAUUCAGGAGUGGUAACUCAGUUGGUGGCUAGAAAAUGCCAGCUUAACCUCACUGACAGUGAAAACAGGACAGCUCUGAUCAAGGCUGUACAAUGUCAGAAAGAGGUUUGUGCAUCUAUCCUCCUGGAACAUGGCGCCGAUCCAAAUAUUACAGACAUAUAUGGCAACACUGCCCUGCACUAUGCCAUUGACAAUGAGAAUAUAUCAAUGGCGGGAAAACUGCUUGCAUAUGGUGCAGAUAUUGAAGCAAGAAGCCAGGGUGAACUUACAUCACUUUUACUUGCCAUAAAUAGGAAAAAAGAGCAAAUGGUGGCAUUUUUGUUGAAGAAAAAACCAGAUUUAACUGCUGUAGAUAAUUUUGAAAGAACAGCCCUCAUACUUGCUGCUCGUAGUGGAUCAACAAGUAUAGUCCACCAGCUUCUUCAGCAAAAUAUUGAUGUUGUUUUCCAAGAUAUAUCUGGAUGGACAGCAGAAGACUAUGCUGUUGCUUAUAACUUUCGAGACAUUCGCAGACUAAUUUCUGAAUAUAAAGCAAACAAGAAACGUAAAAGUCUUCAAAAUAGCAAUCCAGAAGGAACAGCUAAGAAGAUCGCACAUUUCCCAAAAGGAAAAACAAGUGCAAAAGUGCAUGCUGCUACCACUGAAGACUGCAUGAACAGGCUUUCCUGCAGACUGGAUACCUUUUUAGGGCAUACUUCACAGGAUGGUGACUUCAAUUUUAAUUUCAAGAAUGUUCCGAAACAACACUUAACCAAGCAAAGAACUAUUUCUCAAAAAACAGUCUCCUCAAUGAGGAAUAAUGUGAAAACAUAUGUCACUGUGAGAACAAGAAAUAUAACUUUGUUUGAAGGCAGCAGUUCUGACAGCAAAAAUGAAGAUGGGGAUAAAAUCCAUCCUAAAAUCAUCAAUGUUCAUCCUUGUCGACCUAUUCACCCUGGUCUGAAACCUUCCCUCAAUCCUAUUGUGAGCGCUGGUGUUACAAAGGAGGAAGCAACAAAACUACCAACUGGAAAAAAAGAAAACGACAAGAAGUUUGCAUCAGGAUCAGGAGAAGAGGAAGACAUAGGGUCACCCUCGAGGUCUAAGAGUAUCUCGAAGACUGUUCUCCAGAUGCAUGGUGGUCAUUCAUCUGGGCCUGUUGAUCAGCAGAGGAAAAAUGCAGUAAAUGGAAAUGUAGAUGAACAAGACUUAAAAAUAACAUCAGAGGGAGAACAAGAAAAUCUUCAAGAAUGUGAAAAUAUCCAGCAACAGGUUGCAGAAAAAAUGAAAACAUGCAGAAAUAAGAAAGUGGAAGUGUCAAGAAACCUAGAUGCCGAUUACAGUGACAGUGAUGAUAAUGAAUUAAUCCAAGAAAGAAGGAGCAGAAAACCUGAUAAUCCUCAAUUCUCCAGGCCGAAGAGUGAAGAGUAUAAUAGGCUUGCAGAGAAAACAUCUAAUAAAGAGAACAAGGUUAAAAGACAUCUAUAUUUCAAGGAUGACCCCAAUGACAUAAUUUGGUCAUCUGAAACAACCUCAGAGGUUGAUGAGUUGCCUUACUCUGAUGAUAAGAAUUUUAUGUUACUCAUUGAACAACAUAGAAUGGAGUGUAAAGUGAUUACCAUCCUUAUUACCAAAGUCCAUUGUGUUGAAAGUCAUUGUUUCAUGUAUUUUGCCUGGUUGUUUUUGGCUUCAGAUUUUGUUAGCCUAUUGAAAAUCAAGAAUGCAAUAUCUGCACAUGAAAGACUAAUAGAACAUAAAAUAUAUUACUGUGAACAACUUAGAGUGAAAUUAAAAAAAAUGAAAAAUAAGAUUAGUACACUACAAAAGGAACUAUCUGAGACAGACAAAAUCAAAGCACAGUUAGAGCAUCAGAAGCUUGAAUGGAAACAAGAGCUCCAUAGUUUAAGAUUAAUCUUACAACAACAAGAAGAAAGAAGAAACCCUGAAAAGUAUGAAAAAGGUACAGAAAAUUUCAAAAUAAUGGAAGAGCAAUAUUGGACACAAGCUGAAGUGAAAAAACAACUUAAAAUGACUCUCAAAUCAUUGGAAAUGGAAUUCAAGACUGUAAGAAAUAAUUUAAAUCAGAGUUCUCAUACUCAUGAAAAAGAAAAAGAGCUGUGGCAGAAAAAUCACUGGAUGAAGGAUGAAAUUGCCAGACUCAGGCUAGAAAUAGACACAAUUAAGCAUCAGAACCAGGAAAAUGAAAAUACGUAUUUCAAGGACAGUGAAAUUAUAAAGAAAAAGAAUGAAGACCUUCAAAAGACUCUAAAGCUGAAUGAGGAAACAUUAACAAAAACAAUAAACUGGUAUAAUGAAGAGCUUAAUGUUCUGACAUUGGAUAAGAAUACAGUGCUCAAUUCUGAGCUAGAGAAGGAAAAACAGAGAAAGCAAAGACUGGAAACAGAAAUGGAAUUAUGCAGUUGUAGACUGGCUGCUGCUCUAUGUGAUCGUGAUCAAAGUCAGUCAUCAAAAAGAGACCUGCAGCUUGCUUUCCAGAACACAGUAAAUCAGUGGUGUCAUUUACAAGAAAACAUGAAUUCUCAUAUUCAGAUUCUUUCUCAGCAACUUUCUAAAGCUGAGAGUAAAUCCAGUAGCCUGGAAACUGAGCUCAAUUAUGAAAGAGAGGCUCUCAAGGAAAAGACGUUGGCUAUAGAACACAUGCAAGGAGUCAUAAGCCAAACACAGUAUCGAGUGAAGGCCAUUGAACACAUGUACCAAGAUGACCAACAUAUAGUGGAAAAAUAUGUGAGAAAGCAGCAAUCUGUAGAGGAUGGACUAUUUCAGAUACAAAGCCAAAAUUCAUUGCAUCAACAACAACUUAAUGAUGCUCACAAGAAAGCUGACAAUCAGGAAAAAACAAUAAUUAAUAUCCAAGCCAAAUGUGAAGACACUGUAGAGAAACUUGAAGCUGAGUGUAGAAAGCACUGUAUUAUGCUAGAAGAGAAAAACAAGGGGUUGAUAGAGGAAUAUACUCUUUUAAAAGAAAGGCAGUGCCAGUAUGAAAAAGAGAAAGAAGAAGAAGAAGUAGUUGUAAGAAAACUCAAACAAGAACUGAGUGAUGCCCUGAACAAACAAUUACUGUCAGAAGGUAUGCUAGAGGCUUCAUCACAACAUCAAAAUACUUUAGAAGAUGAGACACGAGAUACAAAAAAGAAAUUCGAACAGAUGAAAAGUCAGUUGCAAGAAAUCCAGGAUCAACUCACAGAGACUCUAAGAUAUGAUGAGGAGAUUCCAGACCACGUGCAAAAGCUUAAACUAGAAAAUGCCAUGUUAAAAAUUAGAAGGAAAGAGCGAGCGAACAAAAUUGAGCAGCUUCAGAAAAUUCUGGGGGGAUCCAAGAUGGCCGUUUAGGAACAGCUCGGAGUUGCAGCUCCCAGUGAAAGCACAGAGGGU